AUGGGCAACCCUCAACCAACAAAUCGGCGCCGGCGUGCGACCGGGACCGCCGGGCUUAGGUUACGACUUCCUAACCUCGCCCUCAUCACCAGUCUCUUCUUACACCCCUCCCACAUCUCCCCGGCCAGCGCUGCCGCCGUUGGCUACUCUUCCCAUCGGCUGCACGCCCGCAAUGAGGGCGAGCAUGUCGUGCUCGCCGACUGCCGCGACCAGAGCGGCGUGGUGUCAUCGCAGAUCGCCUACUUCGAGCAGGACCCGGGCCCACAGCCGAAGGACGUGGCCGUGGUGGUGACGACGCCGGGACAGGCCGCCCUCUGGGUCAACACCAACACGUCCGGCCUCUUCACCGACACCGGCGUGGUGUUUCGGGCCACCCUCGGCCCGCGUGUCGAGGAGGGCCAGUUCGCCGGCACGGGCGAGAACGGCUACGGCAAUUUUAGUUGUUAUCAGAACUACGUCAAGGACCUGUAUAUAUAUGAGAAGACCACGUGUUCGCAGGUCUAUCUCUGCGAUCACAGCGAUCCGCCUGGGUGGGGUCAGCACUUCUUCUGGCGACGGCAUGUCCCCAGGGCACUAUCAUCGGCAUUGCCGUCGGCGUCGUUGGGCGGGCUGCUCUUCGUGAUCGCCGCCGGUCUGGUGUUUUGGUACUUCCGACGGUCGCGCAGGACCUCCCAGGGCACGCACACCCGGGUUGCCAGUGACAGGUCGGGCACGCUAUCGGCCGGGCCCAUGUCGGACGCCGGCGAGCCGCCCAAGCCUCUACACCCGCUCCAAGAUCCGGUGCAAGACCGCCAGCAGAGCCAGGCGGUCAUGCAGCAGAUGAGCGCCGUCUACGAGGUCGAUGGCCGCCUAUUCCGCAUCGAGAUGGCCGACGACAAUGGCAAGUUUGAGCUGGACGGGCACGGCCACGACAGCGCCGAGCUUGACACGGCCAAGAAUGAGCCUACCACUGCCAUUACCGAGACCAAAAGCGUCUCACCUUUAACCCCGGGCCUGCCUGACUCGCCCCUGGAGCACGGCCAACAACAGCAACCCAAGUCUCCUCCGCCGCACAGCAGAGCUUCCGGCGCCCGGCAACCGGCAAUGGCAGAGACCAUUGCUGCCACCACACCACGCACCGCUGCCGCUAUCGGUAAUACCGCUCGUUGCAUGGCGCAUCCACGGCGCCGCUCUCCGGGUGCCCGGCCCAAACCAAUCCCACCAUCGGCACCGCGCCGCGCCAUUCGGCCGCUGCUGCUGCUCGUCGCUCUGGUCAAUCUCGCGUGGAGCCUGUACCAGCUCCCAGUGAGCCGCGUGAUCGAGAGCCGUUUGUGUCGCCAACACUAUGCCGCCACCGAUCCCUCGGUGCUGCUUCCGGACGGGUCGGUACCGGAGGAGCUGUGCAAGAUCGACGAGGUGCAGCAGCAGCUGGGCUGGCUCCAGGGUGUCACGGAAGCGUCGUGGGUUGCUGGCGACUUUGUCAUGACCAUCCCGCUCGUGUGCCUUGCGGACCACUACGGCCACCGCUUUGUGUUGUAUCUCAACCUUGUCCCGCGCGUCUUCCUGUUGGCGUGGACUUUUGCCGUGGGUUAUUUUGACCGCGUGCUGCCGGUGCAGGCGAUCGUGGCCGCCCCGAUGUUCUCGUUCUUCGGCGGCGACUGCGUCUUCAACUCGAUCGUUUAUGCCCUGGUCUCGGAGCUGACCGACGACCAUGUCCUCCGCGCGACUUUCUUCGGUUACGUCAACGCCGUCUCGUCCAUCUUCUCGCUGCAACUCGGCCCCGCCCUCGCCUCCGCCACCAUGACGACCCUCCUCUGGCUGCCCCUCUGGCUGGGCAUCGCCAUCCUGCUUCUCGCCGUCCCCGUCAUCUCCGCGCUGCCACUGCCCCAGCCCAACCCCCGCGACGAAGAAGCCCACACCGCAGCAGCAGCAGCAGCACCACCACCUCCAACAACAGCAACAGCACCCCUCCCAGAAAGCGACCCCAACCCGGACCCCACCGCCGAAGACGCCCCCCUCAUCACCCCCACCCCCCACCACGAGGAGGAGGAGACCCCAACCUCCUACUCCUGGCACGAACACAGCACCACCCGCCUGCGCACCUUGCUCACCCUCCUCCGCCACCCCACCCGCAACCUCACCCUGCUCUUCACCGUGUUUUUCCUCGCCGCCCUCGCGUCGUCGGAUACCAAGCUCCUGCCGCUCGAUGGGGCGGAUGCGCAGAAUGUGGUGCAUGCGUAUGUGUGCUUGGUGUUUUCGGUGCUGGGGGCCGCGGCGAUUGCGGUGUCGCCGACGGUGGGGGUGCUGGCGCCGUCGCUGCUGGUCUAUGCGUUGGGCAUUGCGCUGCCUAUGUUUACGUACUCGCUGUUGAGGGCGCCGAGUAUGAUGGCGGCUGGGAGUGCAGAUGGGGAGGGCCAUGCUGCGCAGAUGUUCUCGGUUGUCAUGCUGGUGCGGACGGUCGGCACGCUGGUGGGGUCCAUCGUGAUGCCUGGUCUGUGGGUGACGGGCAUGCGCAUUGGGGGUUGGGCGUUGGGCUUGCCCGCACGGGCUACGGAUGUCUGCGAGAACGACUGCAAGCUCCGCGGAGCCGCCUUUCCGGACAAGCACACGAUCCAGCUGUCGCUCGAGGAACAACUUCUUCGGAGCAGUGCCCGCCCAUCUACAUCGGGCGAUGCCAACGCACCCACCGCGUCGUCCAGGGUCUGCCUUGACUUUGUCGGCACCAACAUCUACUUCAACUUCGAGGCGUUCCCCGGCUACAACUACAAGCACGGCGCCGUCGCUUGGCAGUUGAGCGGCAGCUCGCCGUCUGCCCCCACGAACAACCUUGUCUGUGACCCCAACGGCAGCAACGGGCUCCUCUGCAAGCUGCCCUUCAGCGACAUCCUCGGCACCUCCGCCGCCAGCCCCGUCAAGGACCUGCUCGCAGGCAUGUGCCCCAACGGCGACCGCGAGGCCCUGGGUUUUCUACCUCGAGUUCUUUCGGCGCAGAAGUCCGUCACUCUCAACACCCAGUCGGGUCAGGGCUGCAAGCGGUGGGGCUGGUACGCCACGCCGACGCUCGCCGAGCUGCAGGGCGGCAUCAGCGGCCCGCUGUACGUUGGCGCGGGCAACAACGACAUCUCCAAGGCGACCGAUGUGGGCGUCUGGGUGGCCACCGCGGACCCCGUCGGCCGCGUCACCGUCACCUACCUGCUGAACCCGCCGUACGCGCUCGCCGAGAUCCACGUCGACCUCGCCUGCCUGCCGAUCGACAAGUGCGCGCCGGGCCAGUAUACCUUUGGCAAGGCCGGCUUGGCGGAUGUGCCUACUUACGCGACGGCUCCUCUCGCCUACCCAACAUGCAGUGGAGGUGCGAAGGCUGCGCUGAUUGUGCAUGCCGCUGUGGAUGUGAUGGUGACGGGCACUGUCUGCCCGCCGAAGACGGAUUAG